GUUGAGCAAAGGGAAUGGAAAAGGCUGCAGACUCCUAUCGCCAGGAUGAUGAUUUAAUUUCUGUACCAUUCCAGAGCCAACGCUCUCUCAGAUGCUCUCUUGCACAGGUGGGAAUUUUGUAUCCAGCAUGGCUGAGAAGAAGCCCUCAGGAGGACAGCUGCUGCUGCUGAUCAUUGCUGUUGCCUUCACACACUUAGCAGUUUGCCCGUUUACGAAAGUAGAGGAGAGUUUUAAUCUGCAGGCCAUCCAUGACAUUGUGUACCACAAGCUGGACUUGGAGAAGUAUGAUCACCAUGAGUUUCCCGGUGUUGUCCCAAGAACGUUCCUUGGUCCAAUUUUUGUUGCUGCACUUUCCAGCCCGGCCAUAUAUGUGCUGUCUCUUUUGCACAUGUCAAAGUUUUACUCCCAACUGAUAGUCCGAGGAAGCCUGGGCUUGAUCGUGAUUUACACCUUGUGGAGAUUGCACAGAGAAGUGAGAAAACAGUUUGGUUCAACAGUGUCUAUGAUUUUCUGCUUGAUAACUGCUACUCAAUUCCACCUGAUGUUUUACUGCACUCGAACUCUGCCCAAUGUGUUUGCACUUCCUAUCGUUUUGCUGGCAUUUACGUCUUGGAUACAGCAAAAGCACCGCCUGUUUAUCUGGUUCUCAGCUUUGGCAAUUAUUGUCUUCAGAUCAGAGCUUUGCAUAUUCUUGGGCCUCAUGCUCCUGGUGACACUGUUUAAUAAAAGACUCUCCAUUAUGAAAUUGUUUUCCUAUGCAAUUCCAGCAGGAGCUUUUUGGUUAGGACUCACCGUGGCAUUGGACUCUGUGUUUUGGAGGCAGCUUCUAUGGCCUGAGGGGAAAGUAUUUUGGUAUAACACUGUUCUGAACAAAAGUUCAAACUGGGGCACUUCUCCUUUCUUAUGGUAUUUUUAUUCAGCUUUGCCUCGUGCUCUGGGAUGCAGUAUUAUAUUUAUACCAUUAGGUGUGGUAGACAAGAGAACCAGGAUAUUAAUUUUACCGACACUUGGUUUUAUUUUUUUGUACUCGUUCCUUCCACACAAAGAGCUGCGGUUUAUCAUAUACACUUUUCCAGUCUUCAAUAUAGUGGCUGCCAAAGGCUGUUCACGAAUUCUCAACAAUUACAAGAAGUCAUGGGUGUACAAGAUAGGGUCCCUCUUGGUUGUAGCACACCUUCUAGCUAAUGCUGCUUACUCGGGAACAUCGCUCUACAUCUCACACUUCAAUUAUCCUGGAGGAGUUGCUAUGCAGAAACUGCACCAGUUAGUACCUUCAACAUCAGAUGUUUCCGUCCAUAUUGAUGGAGCUGCAGCACAGACUGGAGUUUCUCGAUUUUUGGAAGUCAAUUCAGAUUGGAGGUAUGACAAAAGGGAAGACCUUAAACCAGGUGACCCACUUAUGUUCUCGUACACACAUGUCCUUAUGGAGAUGGAUCCUGUUCAAAUGUCACAUUACAAGACAACCCACAGAGUACUGGCCCACAUACCUGGCACCAGUGGGAUUGGACUGAAUUUUACUGCUCUACCUCCUGUUACUUUAAACUUGAAAUCUAAACUGGUAUUGUUAGAAAAACUUCCUAGUUCUGGCACAUAAAUUUUAACAAAUUUUACAUACAUUUGCCAAUGAAAUUCUAUUGCACUAAUUCAAAACCAUAUUGCAAUGGCUGUAAAUGAUCAAAAGAACCCUCUUUGAUACCAUUAAUUUCUCUUAUGUGAGUGGAUUGCACAUAUACACAUUUAUAUUUAAUGUCAACUGUAAAUAAUUUUCAGGCAAUUGAACAGCUUGAAAAUCACAAUGCAGAAAACUCUGUAUUAUAUUUAGAUGUACGAUCUAAAGUUACCUAUUCAGAGAUUCUAAAUAAUUUGUAGUAUUUUAUGUCAUUCUGGUUGUUAGUUUCAAGGGUAUAUUAUUACUUCCCCUCCACUGACUACUAAGUACCUUUUUUGUCAUUUUUAAGACCACAACAUCUAAACCCAUUCUGGGCAGGUACACACGGCCUUGCUGCCUACUCUCUGCAGCAGUGCAUGAUUGUAACAGCCUGAGAAGACAGCCUGUCCUUCUGGAUAUACAUUUACAAAUGUCACAUUUGAAAGCAUCUACAACUGAAAAAUCCAGUGUGCAUACACCCAAACUAUGUGAUUUAACAUCUUACACAGUAUCUGGGAAUUGCCUAUAUGAUCUGUGCCUUUCUGUCUUGGAUUUUGUAUAGGGCACUAACUUGUUUAUGUGUGUGGACUCCAUGGCAAAAUCUCUAAAGCAGGUUCUCUGUCUUUAUAGACUAACAGUUGUGGAGUAUAACACAAAGGGGAAAAAUAAGUUGCCCUUGAAGAUGUUAACAACAGGCACUAAAACACAGAUCAAGAGAAGAAUAGUAUACUGCAUUGCUGACAACCUGUCCUUACUUGAAAAUGUUUUAAUGGCAGUAAGCUGCAAGAGGCAUUCUAGUUGCAAAAGUAGAAACUUGGUUAAUAAGAGUCAUUCAGCAAAAUGAUCUGAGAUAAGUUUUCUGUACUUUCUUAUUCAUGUUAAUUAAACUGAGGUGUUUACGUGGUAAAGCACAUCCCAAACAAGCAGGCAUACAAUCUGAUCUUUCAAGUCAAAUGAGUGAUUUUAUCUAAUUCUUUCAAUGGUCACAAUGCUGAACACUUGAUACCUCAUGAAAAGCCUUGAGGUGAUACAAGUGCCCUGCUGUUGUGGCCUGCAGGCAUUGAGGAACCCAGGAUUGAUCUGGCCACAACAGAUGUUAUGCAAAUAUACUGCUUCAAAUUACUCUUACAAUACUGAGUGUAGUCUGGCAAGGAAUGAGUAGGGUGCAGAUGUAUCUGGAUGGAACAAAUACCAGCCUGUAAAACCGGUUCAUCCACACUGUCCUGCAGUUUCCUUGCCUAUUAUGUCACACAUUUAAUCAGUUUUAUUGUGCUUCAAAGGGAAUAGCACAAUGUAUUUAGGUAUUCAGCACAACUGGUGCCACUCAGGGUAGGUGAAACAGUAACACACACAGCCUUAAGCUUGGUGCCAUAAUCACAGUAGCCCUUAUGCAGCACUGACAUAAAUAUUAGGCACUGCUGUGUUGCUUUAUGUUUCCAAGACAUUGCUGAUGGAUGACUCUAUUGGAUUAUUUCCUUUAAGCUUAAAACCCAACUCAGUACUGCUAGAAAAACAUCCUACACCACCUGAGAUUUCUAGUUGUAGCCAUUUUAAGUGAGGUGGGGAAUACCUGGUGUUUUGAGUAUAUGCAAACUGUGGAUAAAUAGGAAUAUUAAUAUUUAUGGUCUCAUAAAAGCCACACCUUUUAAUUUAGCUUACCUUCAAAAAUUCUAUUGUAAAUCAAUGGUUAUAUGCAUGCAGAUAAGGCUUUCCCUCCCUUCAGCUGAAUUACUUCUUGAGUUCAACCUAAACUAAAAAUGUGUACAGAUAUGUGUUGCUAUGUCACACAUUCUCCAAGUGCACAUCUGUUCCUGACAAACUCUUUUACUUGUCAGGACUGUUAGAGCUGUGGGCUAUGCUGUUAUGUGCCGUCUGGUUGCCUCCAACUUAUGGCAACCCUAUGAAUGAAAGCCUUCCAAAAUGUCUUAUUCAAGACAGCCCUGCUCUGCUCUUGUAAAUUCAGGCUGUGGCUUCAUGUUACACAGUUAUCCAUAUCCUCAUUUUGAGACUUAUUAUGCCUGGCUGUACCCUAAAGGCUACCUUUCUGUGAAGUCAUUACCUGAAGAGGCUGAAACAGGAUAUUCUUCUGCUAAAUUUGGAAUAUGAAGGCAGUCUCAAUACCAGUCCUCACUCCAGCCAAGAACCAGUCAAUAUGCAUAUUCAUGGAACAGCUGACUAUGGAAAGACUUCGUGUCUCAAGUUGUGAAGGAGAGUUACCUUCGCAGGUAACCAGAAUGUGUUGGACUAUGUAUAUACAGGUGUUAUGGACUUACAAAGUGCCAUAAAGCUUAUUAAUUUAAAA